GAACGAAAGUAGGAACUCUUCCGUCUCUCGUCUGUUUAAUCUACCGGGAUGAAAAAAAUCAUCGUACAGGACAUUACUGCCUAAAUGUGCCUUGAACUUCCGGUUUGAUUCCAACAUGGCAACGUCCGUGUUUCAACACGCGUUUCGAGUGAUACGUUGUUUAUAAACAUUUUACCUGAUCAGCUGUAUUUUUUUUCACUUGACAGAACUAAUAAAAUACAUUAAGUUAAGGCACCAGAGAACAAAAGUUAUACUGCUGCCUUUUAAAUACUGGAAUCGUUCGUAUAUUAUUCGAUUUAAAAGAGCAAAUUUUAUACAUUUAACCACAGUAACGGAGAGAUAUUUCAUACAAAAUUAAUGAGCUUUUCGUUUACCCAUUUUACCGAACUUAACGUAUCGUAGGUUACAAUGGCAAAGGCCAGCACGACAUUGUUUGUUCGAAAUUUGCCAGAUUCUGCAACUAGCGCCCGCCUUGAAGAGGUGUUCAGCGACAUUGGACCAGUUAGAGAAUGCUUCGUCGUGAAGGAGAAAGGUAGCGGUAAAUGCAAAGGCUAUGGGUUUGUCACCUUUUCAUUGCCGGAGGACUCGGAGCAAGCUUUGAAAACUGUCAAAGAGUAUGAUGGUUUGAAAAUAAACGUGUCGGUUGCAAAAAAGAAAUUGGAUCAGAAAAAGCAAGAGACGAAGAAAGUUCCAAAGGAGUCAAAAUUUCAAUGUGUUAAAAAGAAAAGUAAAUUGAAAUCAAGGUUAAUUAUCAGAAAUCUCAGCUUUAAGUGUACUGAAGAUUAUUUAAAAGAAACAUUCUCUAAAUAUGGGACAGUCCUUGAUGUGACUCUUCCUAGGAAAGCAGAUGGGAAAAUGCGUGGGUUUGCCUUUGUACUCUUCAAAAAUGUUCAAGAAGCUAGUAGAGCAUUGACUGCUAUGAAUCUAAAGGAAAUAAAAGGUAGACCAGUAGCUGUGGACUGGGUGAUAGCAAAGGACAAAUAUGUAGCAUCUUGUUCACGAAACCAGGAGAUAGGUAAAACACAUGUUGAUGGUGAAGAUGUUUCAGAAGAAAAAGAUGAAGUGAAAGCAGAAGCUAUAAUAAAGAAAAAACCUGUUGAAAAGCUCUCUAACCGUGCUAGUGAAAAGGAAAGGUCUGACUCUGAAGCUGAUAACAGUUCAACAAGUUCUGAUGAAGCAAGCAUUUCAGAUGCCAGUGAGGCUGAAGACAGUGAUGCAGAUUCAGAAGAGGAUGAUUUACAAAAUCUUGAUUCUGCAGAUGAGGGGAAUGGUGCCAUUUCAACCAAGAAAAAGACAAAAGUCAUUUCAAAUGAUGUUAAUGAAGGACGAACUGUGUUUAUUCGGAAUCUUGCCUUUGACACAGAUGAAGAAGGAUUAGAAGAAGUUCUUCUGAGAUUUGGGGAGCUCAAAUAUAUCCGCAUUGUACUUAAUCCUGAUACUGAGCACUCCAAAGGCUGUGCUUUUGCCCAGUUCAAGACAAAAGAAGCUACAGACAGUUGUAUUAAGGCAGCAGGAGAUGAUUCUGAGACUGGUGGACUUAAACUUGAUGGUCGCAAGUUAAAUAUCGUUCUUGCAGUUAGUCGAGAGGAUGCUGUAAAACUUAAGGACAAAAAAGUGAAGAAGCCCACAGGAACACGUAAUUUGUAUCUGGCCAGAGAAGGACUUAUCCGCAGUGGGACAAAAGCAGCUGAAGGGCUGGACCCAGCUGAUCUUGCCUUGAGGACAAAAAUUGAAGAGCGCAAAAGACAAAAGCUGAAUAACGUUAAUGUCUUUGUUUCUCAAACAAGACUGUGUAUUCAUAAUUUACCAAAAUCUGUGGAUAAGAAGAUCCUGCACAAACUGUGUUUGAAUGCGGCAGGUGGAGGCAAGGAAGUUAGUAUAAAAAAGUGUUGUGUGAUGUAUGACCGAAAGCCAGUUGCUGGAAAGGUUUUAGGACGCUCUCUUGGUUAUGCUUUUGUGGAAUUCAGUGAGCAUAAACAUGCUCUUUUAGCACUUCGUCACCUGAACAAUAACCCAGAUAUUUUCGGACCCAAAAAGAGACCUAUUGUUGAGUUUUCUCUUGAAGACAGAAGAAAACUAAAAAUGAAAGAAAUGAGAAUCCAGCAAAUUCAGAAAAAUAGAACAGAAGGCAAAGCUGCUAAAAAAAAAUUUAAAGCAGGUAAAAGGCAGAUGCAGCCUCUUACACCUCAAAGCAAGACAUCUGACAGUUUGGAAGAAAAACAUGUACAGAAGUCAUGGUCUGGUUUCAUCACCAAAUCUGAGUUAGAAGAAGAUGAGUUGCCAAAUGGGAAAAAACGCAAAAAGGUGCUUCCUCUUCCUUCACACAGAGGUCCUAAAGUAAGAAAACGAGAUAAAGGGAAACUGCAGCCAAAGAAGGUGAAAAAUCAUAGCUCUCGAAAAGAACGUUCACAGCAAAUCUCCUUUGGAAAACAUGUAACAUCUUUCAAACAGGCACCAAAGAAGACAUUCAGGAAAAAAGAGGAAGACAGAUUUGAAUCUCUUGUAGAACAGUACAAAAGAAAAAUUCUUGGCGGAACAAAGACAAAUGUGAAACAGGGCAAAUGGUUCAACAGUUGAAGCUGGUGUAGAUUAAUGGUGUACAUUCUUUUUUCAUUGUCCUUUGUAUUAAACAUCAUGUAUGCAUAUUCUUUUUCUCCUGUAGUAACGAUUUCCUAAUAUAUUUUAAUGUUUUAAGGUUC